AUGUCCAUUACAGAGCUCUUUCCUGACGCCAUCACAGACGGUGAGGGCACCACCUACAUCCCCCUCAAAGACUCAAAGUAUAGUAAUGAUUAUACUGAGCAUCUAUUCUCUGCUAAACACCACGAUUGGCGCGACGAUUUCGUCAGAAACGGCUACGUCGUGAUUAAGAAUGCUAUUCCACGACACCGCGCGCUUAAGUACCAGAAGGAAGUUUUCCAGCUGGUAAAUACAUUCGCCAACGUUGACUUUGACGAACCCGCCUCAUGGACAACAGAAACCCUGCCCUCCGUGCCGGGCAACAUUUACAGCGGCCACGGACUCAACCACGAAAAAGUGUUCUGGGAAGCACGGCUUGAGCAGGGCGUUAUCGAUGCAUUUGCGCAUCUCUGGGGUACUAACCAGCUCCUUGUGUCCUACGAUGGCUUUAAUUUGACGCUCCCGGUUGAGCGAACUAUCCAACCGUGGCCACAUUUUGACCAGUCGCCGUAUAAACGGGGCCUGCACUGUGCGCAGGGAAUUAUAUGUUUGAGCGACCACAGUCCUUCUGACGGCGGUUUAGUUGUUUACCGAGGCUCCCAUCUUUUGUUUGAGGAGUUUUUCAAGACUGUUCCUGAUUGGGAAAAGAACGACUACGUUGAGCUGACUUCUUCGCAGCUCGCGUGGUUUACAGAGCGCGGAUGUGAGGAGGUCAAGAUCUCGUGCGACGCUGGCGACCUUAUUAUUUGGGACUCGCGGACAUGCCACUGGGGAAAACCUCCGACGGAAAAAAGUGAACACGUCCGCACGGUCCUUUAUGCAUCGUAUGCUCCGGCGCAAUUCGCGUCGGCCGAGUUUUUAGAGAAACGUAGCAGGCUGUUCUACGCCGGUGAGGGAACCACGCACUGGACCCACACAAAUUUGGCGUCGUACUCGGCACACAUCCCUGCGCUCGCUCACAGAAAUAGGCCCCGUAGUCCGCCAGAGCUUUCCGACAGGCUGCUGCAGCUGGCGGGUAUAAAAAGUUACUAA